AUGUCUAAGAGGGUGCCUUCAUGUUUAGAUAAACCCACCUGCAGCAAGUUUGUAGGCCGACACUCGUUGAGUAGUACGGCUACUUUUAAACAACCGACGUUGAAUAAUAAGGGCUCUUUAUUUGUUUCGCCGAAAUUAUCUUCAUCGUCUACGUGUACUCCUAUGCUUGUGGAAUCUCAAGGACUGAAUUAUAUUGUUACUCAAGAGGGCAAUGAGGCUGCAUUCCUCCAAGAAUCUGUCAGCUCCCGUCCAAAUCCAACUCAAAAUGCAGCAGCCCCCAUUUUAAUUGAUUUGGCUGAUCCGAACGUUGAGGUCGAAGAAAACGAUAGUAGUGAUUUCUUGAGAGAUGAGGACUCUGCUUGUGAUCAGCUAGGUUCUAGUAUGAAGGCCUCUGACAAUUGGUACGAGGAAGAAUAUGUUGAUAUUUCUAGAAUAAUCCGAAGCAGCGUGCCACUUAUAAAGCCUUUUUUGCAAAAUGGUCUUCGUCCGUCAAAGCGCAUGCUUGCUUCUGUUUUUGCUCAGACUAUUAAAUCUUCUUCAAAGACCAGAAAUCCAGGAGUGACAGCUGUAGUUGAACGUGCUACUUUACCCUAUCUGAUGAAAAUAUGUGGAUUGGAGGUGGUAGAAAACGACUCAUCCUCCUCUAAACAAAGUCAGUUGAAAGAUGGCACUUGUUUUGGUUAUGAGUCAAAUGCAGUAGAAGCUGAUAGGCUUGAAAACGAUGUUGAAGAUUCUAGAAUGAAUAAUAGUUUUUCAAAGAUUCGAACCAGGAAAAUGACGUUGUCUGACUUAAGAAGGAAAAGUUUUACCAAUUCGGAGGGAUUGCGAGUUGAAGACUUCUCAUCGUACGACCUUAUCUAUGAAUCUGAAGAAAGUUCUACAUUAACAGCGAAGUACACUAAGUUUGUUUUGGAGUGCCUGAAGAUUACAGAGCAGCACCCAGUCUCCUUUGUUAACGUGGAUUUUGAUGCCGUCAUGCCAAACUUCAUAUCUGAGGAUUAUCAAGCUGCAUUGCGGUUGCGAAGAUGCCUCGUAGGAAUGGUUAAAGAUUAUCAGAACUUUAAGAAGGCUCGGUUCAUCUACCGUGAACUCGCAGAUGUUUUGUGCAAAUUAUACAAGGAUGAUAAGUUGCCACCUGAAAAGAAACUGUGUAGGGUGUUCUCUGUUGGUCUGAGGGAAAAACAGCUUGGUUUUUCUCCACCACCUAUCAGUUUCCUUGUGAAGAACGCCUCUGUUUCAAACAUACGAGAAGCUGUUGAAGAAAGUGGAAUUAACGAGGCACUAGUUGGUCCAUGUGGACGUGGGAGCUUCAUUAAUGUGAAGACAGAAGUGGAUACCGACAACCAAUGUGAGGAAGUUACAACGGCUUCUAGGACCGAUAGCGCUUGCGUUUGUGUGAGUUCAUCGUGCCCAGAUCGCUCGGAAGAAGGUUUCUGCCACGUGUCUCAUGGAAGGACUCGGAUGAGCAAUCGAGAGCGUAUUUAUGAACCUAGAAGUGUUUUUGACCCAUUACUGGUGAAGGCAGAGCCAGGAAAUGGUAAUGGACAGACUGCUUCUGGAGGUUCAAAGUCGAUUUCACAGGCUAAUGUUGGGGCUGAGGAAACGUAUGGUUCGGUGGUGCGAACAAAUAACGAGGAAGCAGGGACAAAUACGACACAUUUAGAUGGAGUACGUGAAAUUGAAGAUUUCACGUGUUUAAACGAGAUCUAUCCUCGCAUUAUCAAAAGCGGAAGGCAUAGAAAUAUUUUAACAAAGGCCUAUCGUCUUUCUAUUGUGAAACGUCUUGGUGUGACAGCAGACUACCCAGAUAGCUCUGCAAAAUUAGACUUGGAGUCCGUGAUACCUUUAUUUGUGCCAAAACGGUUUUAUCCUGGUCUUCUUCAAAAGAUUACUAGAGUUGUCAAGGACCAUCAGAGGUACGAAAGGGCAAAGAAAAUUCGCUCAGUAGUAGUUAAAGACUUGGGCUUAGAGGAGGGGAAGCUUGCGAAUGUAUCGGAGGACGCUUUGAAUGAUAAACUGGCUGAAACCUUCAAAAAAUUUGGUUGGACGACCAAUAUUCCUUCUCGUACGCACAUACUCACCAAGAUGCUGAUGAGUUGCUUUUCGCAAGGGGCUUUAAACGAUACUGUUGACCAUUAUGAACAAAGUCAAAAUUUGUCUCUUGAAGAAAACGAAAAUUUAUCCUAUGGUGAACCUCUUGACGACUCACUCUACCGACAUCUUAGUGACUCUCAGCCUCCUGAAGGAGCAUCACCGGAAGAUAAUCAAUGGACAGAAAGUUUCCUCUAUUCUUCUCAAGACUCUGAAGACUCCAUUGGUUUGGACAUCAACAAGUUUACUUGUUUUGGGGAAGUCUACGCACCUGGUGCAAAAAAAAAUCUUCAGUUAAAGUUUCGACGAACUGCCAUGUCCAUUCUUGGUAUCGAUGCAAACUACCCAGAAAGUUUUGCUGAUUUUGACGUGUCUUCCGCUGUUCCUUCCUUUGUUGAAGAUGAAAAUGCUCGUAUUUGUUUGAAACGAAAAGUGCUUGCUGCUGCGAAACGGACCCAGCGUCAUCUUCGUGCUCUCCAGGUCAUACAACGAGCAGCACCAUCAAUAAAACAGAUGCUCCAGGAGGGGCAGGAAAUUACCGAAGAAAAGUUGAAACCAAUGUACGAGUCGGUGCUGCAGUCGCUUAAAUGGACCAGUAACUCUCCAAAUAUAUCUUUAGUUCUUGACAGGUCAUCACGGAGCAUGGUUAUGAGGAUGAUAGGAAGAACUGAAUUAGAUUUGCCGGCUGAGUCGAAAGGACAGGACACUCCCCAGGUGAGGUCAGAGACGUCAGUCUUCAAAAGGAAUAAGCAGAAAGAGCUCAAGGUUAAUCAUGUCAAAAUAAGCGAUAGUCCUCUAUUAAAAUUGCUGGCAAGGGGUUCAUCAAAGAAGAAGAUGAAUCAUCGGUCACCACCAUCAGCUGUUGCACGGAAAAAAGUCAGAUCGGUUUCGUCCGAAUCGAUUCCGACUUCUUCCAAUGUUGGCUCAAAUGUCGCUGCUGGAGGCCCAUUCGCUUCAAAUAAGAAAAGAAAGAUGCCAGUAGACGAUGAUGAUGACAAGCUAGGUGUUUUGAGAAGAAAGAAGGAGAGCGAUCAUUUAACCUCCAGCGGUGCUAGCGAAGCGGAUAUUCAGGACCAAAGUGAAUUCGUGGAGCAGGUCAUGGAAGGGUUGGAUCGCGUUCCAGAGGCCGAAAGAUCAGAAAUGAUAUCUUACUUGAAAAAAGAAGUUAAUCGAAGGCUUGUGGCGAAAAUACUUGAAAUAACAAGUGGCUUAAGCCGUGAUGAACAAAAUGAAUUAAUUCACAAGACGGUCUUUGAUAGGUCGUAUAAGAAGCAGUAG